AUGUUUGCGGCGCUUCUGACAGGACAAAUAGUUCAAUCGAAUUUCUGCGAAGUGUCCCCUGGAAGACUUCUUUUGGAUUUACCACCACUUGGCAAGAGCAACCAUAUUGUUGUGUUUUUGACUGGGCAGGCUCCAUUUCCUGAAGGAUAUGGGGCUGGAGUUCACUUUGGUCUAGUAGAAAAUGGUUUAGCUAACUGGAGUUAUUUGGGCUACCUUUCAAAUGAUCGUCCGAGCGCAAUUUUCAAGGUAUCUGGAUUAAAGCCAAAUGCACUAAAGCAGGUUGUGAAUCCGUUUCAAAAUAUUUCGAGUUUGCCUACUGGGAAUAUGGUGACUGCACAAGUUGGAAUUUCUCUCGAACCUUUGGUCGAAUUGGCAGGACAGACGUCUGCGAUUGAAAAUUCUUCCACUUCCGCAGGUGUGGAUGACGAGAUGAGAUUUACUCAGUUCGCAGCAGAGAAUUUAUUCCAUUUUGCGGCGGGCUGUGCAAAAGAGUUACCAGGAACAUCCGAAGUCUAUGUUCCUAUUUCGGCUAUUAAACGUUGGUUUGAAACAAUUCGGCGCAAACUGUUGCUUGAUCCGAACUUUUGGCAAAAGUGA